UUGUAUGAUUGUCAAGGAAUUACACUAUGGAUAAAUAUUCAAAAAUCGUUCAAAAUCUACUGGCUUCGGGAAUAAAAUUAGUAGCUGUGGAUUUUGACUUGACAAUUCUGAACGUCCACACUCGUGGAUUUUGGCAAUUUACAAGUAAAAUGUUGGCAACUCGAGUACGACCUUGUUUUCAAAAGUUCUUGACUGUAGCAGUCAACUCGGAUCUUCAUGUAGCUAUUGUUACUCAGUCUCCACAAGUAUCGUUGGUACAGGAAGUUAUGGAACAAACUUUGCCAGAUUGCGAUACUGGAAGAAUUGUUAUUCGAGGUGCUGACGGUACAUGGAAAAUGCUGAAAGGAGUGAGCAAAGAAGGUAAACAACAGCAUAUUGAGUCUGCAAUAAAAUACCUGGAGAAAACAAGGAAAGCAAAAAUAUCUGCAAAGAAUGUCAUCCUUAUUGAUGAUGACAUUACAAAUUUGGAAAUAGCAAAAAGUUCCAAGAUGCACACUCUUCAAAUUAUUGAUGAUGAUAGUUUGGAUGCACUUUUGGAUCAAAGGGACUCUACCUGGUACACAUAAUGCAUACUUUAUAUUCAAGAUACAGGACCAGUUACGUGUAAAAUACACAAUUUACGUAUGGACCAUAAUAACCAAAACAACAAAUUUGAAAAAAAAGUUUGGAAAAAGUUUUAGUACCUGGUGACCAUCAGUCAAUCUCAAUGCCAUACAUUGUAAUACAGUACCAGGGACCGCGGAUCAGGGGGGGCUGGGGGGCUACAGCCCCCCCAAUAAUAUUUCCGACAUUUUGAAUUUUCUUGAAUAAAGAAGCGAAGA